AUGGCGACCCAAACACAGUCAAACCCGGAAUGGCAACAAGAAGUCAUAGAAGGAACAGCCUACGAACCCAUGCAACUCUUCAACGAGCCCACGCUCCCCAUCAGCCCAAUUUACCCAAUUAUCACCCUGGGAACUCCAAUCCCCCAAACACCUAGCGCCAAUGGCCAAGACUACCUCCUAGGAGGCUAUGCGCCAUCCAGCCCAGUUAACCACAUCCAACGAAACCAAAACAACCCUAGCUUUAUAGACAUUAGCACGCCAAACAACUCCCAAAGAAUCAGAGAAACCCAGCCUCAAGCCAAAAGACAAAGAAGCAACCAAUCCUUGAACUUAACCUCAAAAUACGCCCUCAUGUCCCACCCAGAAACCUCCGAUGACGCAAUUAUAGCAUCUAGGUCCCUUCUGUGUAAGGCGAUUGAGCUUGAAGACAACCAGCCCAAGAAACUCGCUCUCAUGGACCUACUCAACCUCUUCCGGGACUAUACCGAGGGAAAACCACUCAAAAACACAAUUACCACCCUUACCAACUCAGUCAACAACCUAGAGAACAUCGCAAGGCGCCUUCCUAAAAGAAGCUACGCAUCGGUAACCACAAACAACAAACCUACCACAGACACAGACACAGACAACAGUACUCAAGGCCUCAUAGACCGGCAACUCAACCACGCUCCUCCUCAAAAAACAAACAUGGACAAGAAGAGAGACGCUUUUAAAAAAGCUGCUACUGAGAAAAAGAAAGCCAUUAAAGCCCAGCGUCUCAUUCUCAUCGAAGACCACCUUCAACCAUUUAGCGACUUACAUCCAAUUACCCUCAGAGACACUAUUAACAAGGAAUUCAAAGCUCGUUUUAAUGUCAGCCCCGCAAUUAGCACAGUCUCCAGAUCACGAAACAACAACCUUGUCCUUACAGCAGCAGAAGAAUACAAUGCUAAAUUCCUGCUUGACAGAAUCGGAGCUAUCCAAAAGGUACUGUGA